AUGAAUAUUGGAGAUUAAACAUUAGAAAAAUUGGCUUAGCUGUUUUGCUGUGAUUCGUUAUGUGAACGUGAAGUAGACAUAUAGCGAGAAGUAUCUGCUUAAAACCCAGACUUCGUGCUGCUUAACAUCUUUAAGAGAAUAAGCGGUGCCUCAUCGAUUUUAGGAGUAGCUUAAGAUAAUCAUCUAAAUUGCAUUACUAGUCUAGAUUUAGUAGCAUUUUUCAAGUAAAAUGGAAAAAUCAUAGGAGAGAGAGAUUGUUAUUUGAUUGUGACACUCUUUGAUUCAAAUAAUGAUGGGAGACUAUCGUUCUCAGAGAUCAUUGAGGGAUUGAAAAUAGUAGAGGUGAAAAAAUAAGAAUUAGUAUCGCAGUUUGAUUGGAGCAGCUUGGAAGCUUUUAGAGUCAUCGAUGAAUAUUCUCAUGGAAAUAUUAAUAACGACAAGGUGUUUUUAUGUUAGUAUGAUUGCUUUGCAAGUGUCGAAGAAGAGGAUUUAUCCAGAUUAAUAAGGAAAUAUGACAAGGACUCAGAUAGAAAGUGGAGCUUCAGGGAGUUUGUUGGAGCUCUUAGUCCUAAAUCCUAGUACUCUUUGAAAGCAAAGGAUUUAGAUAAAGUAAACAUAAAUGGGUUUGUCAUGCCAACGCAAGAUGAAUACGAGGAUGCAGAUGAAUCUGCUGCGUCUAAGGAAAAUUUGAUUCCAACAUCAGGACCAGCAUUUUCAAAAGCAUCAAAGUCAACAACUGCAAUGAGUUUAUAUAAAGGUGGCUAUGAUGCCGCAUCAAUGAAAAGUAACAAUCAAUAUAAGUCCUUCACUGGUGACGACGGUAUAUUUAAUAUGAGACAUGUGGACUCAGAAAUGGAAGCCCCAAAUAGAAAGUAGACAAACAACUCAAUGUAAAAUUAAUCUCAGUAGCCAAGAUCGAAGACUACUUAUAAAGUGUUUGGCAAGGAUGAGAUUAUGAACUAUCCGUAUUUGUGCGACGAAUAAAACGCUUAAAAUGUCUAGUAAGAGACAAUGCUUGCCGAUAAACUUAAGCAAAUCAAUUAAACCCGCAAUCCUAAUUAGUAAAAUACUAAUUCUCUUAUUCAGUAAGAAAGCUUUGGAGACUAUAGAGUUUAGCUCAUCUAAGCUUUUAUUGAUAUGAUGCAAGUUGAGGGUAACUUAGAAAGAAAACGUCGUGAAUUGACUCUAAGAACAGACUUUAAUCUCAGCGAUGUCUUCAAGCUCUUCAACUCUGUCAAAAACAGCAGAAGAGGAAUUGAUGUUGAUGACUUGUUUUAUGUUCUUAAAGAGCAUAUCAAACUUACCCUUACCAAAGAUGAAGUUUUUAUUCUAUUCUAUAAGUUGGACCGUGAUGGUGAUGGUUUCAUUAAUUACUCGGAGCUUUGCGGAGCCUUUAUUCCGUUCUAGCAUGAAUAUGCUGUAUUAAUUCAAAGCAGGCCAGCUUAUUAUGGAGAGCAAACUCAUCCUAGAGAAUAUUUUAGCAAUGAGACAAAGGACUUCCUUAAGAGAACUAUCAGAGGCUUAGUUGAUUGCGAAGUUAGUAUUGAACUAAUCAAGCAGAAAAUAUAUCAAAAGUUGAGAUUAAACUGUGAAUCUGCAUUUUAGCAAAUCGAUAGAAGAGGGAAGGGUAUGGUGACAAUAGAUGAUUUGAGAAAUUAUUUGAAAUCUGGGAAUGUAUUUGCUGUAGAAAAAGAGCUAUCAUUAUUGUUCACAAGACUAGAUAAGGAUGAGAAUGGGGUGAUCACUCUCCCCGAAUUUGUAGCUGGAAUAAGUCCAUUUAUGAAUAAGAACCAGCAAUGA